AUGCCAAUUCCUUCUCAACGGAGUGAUGGUCAAUUUCCCGUAUCGAAUUCGCUGCCAUCUUAUUGGCGGAAACAGCCUGCUGCAAUCGAUAGUCAUCGCAGUACCACUGACCUGGUCCCUACGGCAGACAUUGUAGUCAUUGGCGCUGGAUAUUCCGGCGCAUCGAUUGUACAUCAUUUGUUGGAAGAAAGCGUGCGCAUCAGUAAAGCGACUCCCUCGAUAGUAAUUCUCGAGGCGCGCGAGACUUGUUCAGGGGCUACGGGGCGAAAUGGUGGACAUUUGAAACCAGACCCGCUAUUGCGGCCAGCCGGUCUGCUAGACGGUUAUGGCGCAGCAGUCGCAGAGCAUGUGGCGUCGUUUGAGCAACGUCAGGUCGCCGCUAUCAAGGAGCUCGUCGAGCGCGAGCAGAUUGGCUGCGACUUUGAAGUGACGACUGUGAUGGAUAUCUGCAAGUACGCCCAAGGACGGGAUAAGAUGAAGGCCAGUAUCGACAAGAUUAGCAAAGCGGGUAUUUCCACUGCGAAGAUGAUAAGGUUUUAUACAGGCAGUGAAGCCGAAGAGGUGUCUGGUGUCAAAGGAGCAUUGUCAUGUCACACAUAUAGCGGCGCACGUCUAGCACCCUACCGUCUGGUGACACAUCUCUUGCAAAGAGCGGUGUCUCAAGGAGUUAACUUGCAAACGUUUACGCCUGUCGAGAGCGUCCAGGCUAUCGAAAAUGAUGCGCAAGGCCUCAAAUGGGCAGUAGACACUCCUCGCGGAACGGUCAAGACGAAGACGGUGAUCUUUGCUACAAAUGGGUAUACAUCUGCCCUGGUUCCUGAGAUGAAAGGCAAGAUUGUGCCGGUUAGAGGCAUGGUCGCACAUAUUGCAGCGCCAAAUGCACCGCAGCUCAGGCACAGCUACAUGAUGCGGUUAUCGGAUUACGAGUAUGAUUACAUGAUUCCGCGGCCAGAUGGCAGUGUCGUAGUGGGAGGCGGAAAGCGUGACUUCUAUAAGAAUCUAGAUGAUUGGUUUGACGUGGUUGAUGAUAGCAAGUUGAUUGAUGCUGGAAAAGAGUACUACGAUGGGUACAUGCAGCGCCAUUUUUUUGCUUGGGAGAAAAGCUCUGCUCGCACGGAAGAUUUGUGGACAGGAAUCAUGGGGUAUUCUAAUGACGAAUUUCCUUAUGUCGGACCUGCUUGCGGACGACCUGGACAAUACGUUUGCGCUGGUUUCACAGGACAUGGUAUGCCGCAGAUCUUCCUGUCGGCGAAAGCAGUAGCAGUGAUGGCUCUCACUGGAGAUGCGGAGAAUGUCGAUUUACCUUUGCCGUAUCGCAUUACUCCGGAAAGAUGGUCUGAGCGGAAAGAGCACACGGCGCGUGAGACGUGGGAACGAGUUCAAAAAGGUCAAUCUGCCCUAGCAGCAAGACUAUAG